AUGCCAUCUCUAGCCUUACAACUACUACUCUGUGCGGGGUUGGUAUUAUGCUUUACUACCCCUGUCGCUGCUUUCGGAGCUGGAAACAUUAUCAAUGUUUCACAAAUUGCCGGUAAAAACUGGCGUCAUGGUGAUAUUGAGGAUAUCCUGCUAGAGCUCAUGAUCAGUGCAAGUGGAGGCACAAGAUUUGACAAAUUGGCUGUCAAGAGAGUUUACUUUGGCAAUUGGCUCAGAGAUUAUUCGCAAGCUAUCGAUGUUGGUGGUUUGAAGCAGCUACCAAAGGACACUAUCAGGAUUUUGUUGUGGGUCUUGUCAUUCGUCACCUUCGGAUUCGCAACUGCCGAGUUUGAGGUUACGGAGGAGCGUCUUGGAUGCUACCGCCCUGAAGAGCACAUUGACAACCCCAAGGAUUAUGCUGAUAACGAGGAUGCGCGCAAAUACGACUCACGUCUACGUGGCCCUGUUGACGAGGGAAAAGAGCUUGCAAUUGAUGACCGUACCGGUUUGAAGGUCUACAUUGCCUCUGAAGACAGAGGUUGCGACACUAGUGCUGGGUUAGUUAGAAAGAAGUUUAUUGAGGCUAUUGAGAAGGGGCGGGCUUAUGGACGAGAUGGAAACAACAACGAUCUUUACGAGGCAUUGAGACUUCUUGGAACAGGGCUCCACUGCCUGGAAGAUUACGCCGCUCACUCGAACUACAUUGAAUUGGCACUCCGUGAAAUGGGUAUUGAUGCUUUCCCUCACGUUGGUGAAAACACCGAGAUUGAAAUCAAUGGAAAGAGAAUCUUUCCUCUUGUCACUGGAACCUUUGGAAUGACUGAUUUUCUCCACAGUGUCGUCGGGGAGGUCUCUGACAAAGUGGCUCAGUCAGAAGUUCAAGAGCUGGACGCCAAACUUGCUGCCGCCGAACAGCAGUCUCAAGACGGUGGUACCACCUCCACUCUGAAGGGGAUCCUUGACAACAUUCCAUUUGGCCUCCUUGGCCUUGGUGACAGCAAUUUCGGCGACCAAGCCAGCAAGAUUCAGGAUGAUGCCAAUAACAAGCAAUCCGACCAGGGAGAGCAGAGCAAGAGAAUUGCUGGAAUGGAUGUCAACGAGUUAAAGACUCAAGCUGCACAGACCAUGAAGGAGAUCUAUCCCAUCAUGGAGUUCCACGAUAAGGUCAUGAAGGCCAUGUCGCAAGCAAUCGAUAAGAUUCCUGGCGCUUCUGAGCUCCUUGAAAAUCUUACCGGUGCCAUGCAGAUCUUCAUCUUCUCCAUGCUAGCCCCCUACGUAAAGCCUAUCUUGAACCGUGUCAAGACUGAGCUUGCUGCAGGAUCCGGCGGUGUUCUUCAAGCCUCAGAAAACGCCCAGUUUAACGUCUUCGAGGACGGAAACUCUAGCGACCCUACCCACUCUGUCUUGUCGAAGGAUCAUUUUACAAACAUUCUCAACGAGGUUGCUGGAAGAGUUGCUACUGAAUCUGUCAAAUUCGCCGUCCCAUUGAUUGUAGCAGGCUGGGAAGACAGCAACAGAGACGCAAACCAGAUCUGCGAUGAGAUUCUCCAGAUUUUCCACCACCCAGCUCUUAGAGAUGAGAACAAGCAGGGUCAAAGAGCGAUGUUCGAGGUUGUGCAGAACUGGUGGAACGAGAAAGAUGACGGCAUGAAGCAGCAUUUCACUGAAGCGCUGAGUAAGCAAGGUGUCAGAGAGGGAAAGAACCACGAGGGCGAGGACCCGAACCCAGGCCCAGGUGGGUGCGGUCACAGCCACGGAGGCAUGGGCGGCCGACAGAACCAUGGCCAGAGCAGCGGUGGCUACAACGCUCCCAGUCGGUCUCUCGAGACGAAUGAGGGCUCCUACGGCGGUUCUUCGAAUCGUAACCGCUACAACCAAGAGGAGUCUUAUGGCAGCGGAGGAGGUUAUGGAUCUUCAAACCGCGACCGCAAUGAGGAGCAGUCUUACGGCGGUGGAUACGGGUCAUCAAACCGUGAGAAUACCGGGGAAACAUACGGUGGUAGUGGGGGAUACGGCUCUUCAAACCGCAACCGUGAGGAAACCUCUUCCUAUGGCGGAGGAGGAGGGUACGGAUCUUCAAACCGCAAUCGUGGAAACGAUGAGACCACUUCCUACGGUGGCGGCGGCGGCGGAUACGGCGGUAACAAUGAAGACGUCUCCGGUUCUUCUGCCAGGCACUGGGGCGGCGAGGACACCUCAACAUCCUACAGCGCCAGCCGCGAGGAAUCAUCAUACUCACGCAACGAAGAAAGCUCUAGCUACGGCCGCGACAACCAAGCAUCCUACGAAACCUCAUCCCGCAACCGCGGAAACGAAGACACUUACGGCUCAAGAAACACCGGAGGCUAUGGCUCUUCAUACGGAGGAAACAACCGCGAAGAGGAGUCUUCCUACGGGGGCGGCCGCGACAACCAAGCAUCCUACGAAACCUCAUCCCGCAACCGCGGAAACGAAGACACUUACGGCUCAGGAAACACCGGAGGCUAUGGCUCUUCAUACGGAGGAAACAACCGCGAAGAGGAGUCUUCCUACGGGGGCGGCCGCGACAACGAGACUUCAUCCUACAACCAUGGUGGCGAGGAAACCGGCUAUGGACGCCAGAGCUCUUCCCGCUACCAGGAAGGCUCUUACGGGAACAACAACGAGGGCGAAGAAGACUCGUAUGGCCGCCGUGUCGGUGGUGGCUAUGGUCAGGAUGAGCAGUCCGGCGGUGGCAGAGGAGGGUAUGGGCGGAGCUCGGAGUAUUAG